CUGAUAGCUCCUUCUACUUUCGCACCGUCUCCUCUUCGUCCUAAUAGCGUGAUCAUGCCGAGGUGUCGGCUUUGGUUGACUCUCCGGACACCGGGGAAAUUCCUGCACCAAUGGCACACGAGAACGCCACCGGCUCAAUAACUACGGACCUGGAGAAAUUACCUUUCCCCGGAUUUUCAUCUGAACCUGGAAGAUGAUGCUAUGAAUCGAGAACCGCGAAGACGAGCCGUUGGCUUGGCUUGGAAGAUGGGAACUGAGGGACCCUCGAUCUGGGGCGCCCGCUCCUCUAAAGAUGCUCAUGAGCGCUGUCGCUCAAAGAGCAAGUGUUUCCAAGUCCAGAUUCGAAUUCAGUCUACAUUUUCCAGCACUAAGCGGCAUCUCAAGUGGCGCGGUACCACGAGGUGGAAGACUUUCAACGCUCUUAACUUCCAGCCAAAGUAAACUAGUGGACGAAAUGCGCCUCUCACUAGCUGUAGCCAUCGUCUCAAGCCUCUGGAGCCUGAGUGUCGCAAGUCCGCUUUCGGCCGGCAGCCUCAAGGAGCGAGCGACGACCUUCACCAAUCCGGUCCUGUGGGAAGACUAUCCAGACCUCGAAGUAAUCCGUGUGGGCGAUGCGUUCUACUACACCUCCUCAACCUUCGCAUUCUCUCCCGGUGCACCAGUCCUAAAGUCCUACGAUCUCGUCAACUGGGCCCCAGUCAGCCACAGCGUCUCCACGCUCAACUUCGGCAGCAAGUACAAUCUGAACAGUGCGACCGACCGGGCUUACGUUAAGGGUAUCUGGGCGAGCAGUCUCCGGUAUCGCGAGUCCAAUGACAUGUUCUACUGGAUGGGGUGUGUCGAGUCGGGCAAAACGUAUGUCUGGACUGCCGGAGGAACUGGGGCGGGCAAGAAUAACGGCGAGGUAUCUAACUGGAACUGGACGGCCGCAGCAACCAUCAACAAGUGCUAUUACGAUAACGGUCUUCUAGUCGAUGACGAUGAUACGAUGUAUGUGGCCUAUGGGAACACGAAGAUCAUGGUUGCGCAGCUGAGUAAAGACGGUCUUUCCGAAGUCAAGUCACAGCAAGUCUACGUCUCCUCGGACAACGCAUACAUUGAAGGGUCGCGCAUGUACAAGGUCAAUGGUUUUUACUACAUCUUCGUCACCAAGCCAGCAAACGAAGAGUGGGUGCUGAAGAGCCAGAGCCCUUGGGGUCCCUACGAAAUGCAGGUUCUUGUCGCUAGCAUUGCUGGUCCUUUGACGAGUGCUGGCUAUGCGCAUCAAGGUGGCAUCGUCGGCACGAAAGACAACAAGUGGUACUACGUCGCUUUCAUGGACUCUUACCCGGGCGGACGCAUUCCAGUUGCUGCGCCAAUCACAUGGACUUCGGACGGCUGGCCGCAACUUGUCAAAGACGGCAGUGCUUGGGGGAAAACUUACCCGAUGCCCGUCCAAACCACCAAGACUGUUCCGUCACCCGUGGGCACAGAUAACUUCGAAGGAUCCGCCCUCAGUCAUGAGUGGGAGUGGAAUCACAAUCCAGACAACAGCAAGUGGAAGCUCGCAGGUGGUCUCCAACUCCAAACCGCCACCCUCACCAACGACCUCUUCACAGCCCGCAACACGCUCACCCACCGAAUCAUAGGCCCCAAAUCCUCCGGAACUUUCCGGCUCGAUAUCAGCCAAAUGAAAGACGGCGACCACGCCGGCGCCGCCCUCUUCCGCGACAUCGCCGCAUACAUCGGCAUCCACAAAGACGGGUCCUCCGCUAAGCUCGUCAUGGUCAACAACCUCAGUCUCAGCACAACCUGGGCUACGAACGCCACCGGCACCGUUGCAGCGACAGGCCCAACACUUGCUUCGGGCACCACGGACCUGUGGCUGCGCGUCCAAGCAGAUAUAACGCCUGCGUUUGGGUCGUCAACACAGCGGACCACGACGUUCUGGUAUAGUACUGAUGGGAGCAAGUUUACGCAGUUGGGGUCGCCUUUCCCGAUGACAAAUGCGUGGCAGUUUUUUACGGGGUAUCGGUUUGCGGUGUUUAAUCAUGCGACGAAGGCUUUGGGAGGUUCGAUCAUGGUGAAGAGCUUCACGAUGGAGAAGCUGUGAGCGCGCCAAUGUUGAGAAUGUAAUGGAGAGUGCAGGUAGAGUCUCUCGCCUCUCUCAAGCUCCGCUUGCGUCGCUCCAUAGUCGUCUUUAUCUAGCGACACAUAACUCGAUCCUCUCUCUUGCCUUUU